AAAGGAUUAAAUAAGAUUCUGUUGGCCAUGGAACAGCAGAAAACACGGUUGCAUCGAACAGAUAAACACAUCUUGAGUUUAUGUAAAGUUGAGGAGAGUUUAAAAAGAUCGAGGACGAAGAUGAAGUCGAUAUUUGCAGUGUGCUUUUACAUUUUCCUGGCAAACAACUGUCUUUCUGCUUCAGUAUCAAUAGAAGGAGGAAAUGAACGUGAUAAUGACAUGUUAUCAGAGAUAAAACGACGUGGAAUAACCUAUGGAACAGCACUCGGUCAUAAAAACAGUGACGACAGAAAAAAAUAUGCUGCACAAAGAAAGAAAGCAUACGAUGAAUUGUUUGGCAAAAGAACAAGCGACUAUUCCCGACAAAAAUACGAAGCAGAGUCGUCAGAAGAUGAAAGUUUCCCCUCGCAAAGAGAACAGAAAGAUUAUAUGUCCUUCAAUAAAAGAAAUCCAAACAAUAAACCGUUUACUUUCGGUACAGCCCUCGGUCACAAGGGUAAUACAGGUACAACUAAGUACGUUGAUUCGCUCGAUGCAAAAUUCAAAGAGCUUUUUGGUGACGGAAAAUAAACUUUCAAAAAAUGCUUCAUCUGUCCAUGUAUGUUUAAAGAACAAAUUGUAAAUGUCUUGAAUAGUAUAAUUUAAAUUAAAAACAAGAAAGAAAAUACAGGAGUAUGUUUGGCUUAAGAAUAGAAAUAAAAUAGAAAUGUAUCAACAUGACUCGUCUUAAAUAAAAUUUAAUGUAAAAUAUAA